AGCUAUGGAAAGCAAUUCCAGCGCUGGAGCGUUUCCUCCUUCGCCCCAGUUUACUGCGGCCGACAUAUCCGUCGUGGUGGCGUACUUCAUUUUAAACUUGGCGGUGGGCAUUUGGUCUUCCUGUAGGGUCAACAGGAACACUCUGAGCGGUUACUUCCUCGCCGGGAAGAACAUCGCUUGGUGGCCGAUCGGGGCGUCUCUCUUUGCCAGCAGCGAAGGAUCCGGCCUUUUCAUCGGGCUGGCCGGCUCCGGGGCCGCAGGGGGGAUAGCCGUGGCCGGCUUCGAAUGGAAUGCCACCUACGUACUCUUGGCGCUGGCUUGGGUGUUUGUUCCCGUCUACGUCUCUUCAGGGAUUGUCACAAUGCCGGAAUAUCUCCAAAGGCGCUUUGGAGGAGAGAGGAUCCGAGUGUAUCUUUCAGUCCUUUCACUCUUACUGUCUGUCUUCACCAAGAUAUCUACGGACCUGUAUUCGGGCGCCCUCUUUGUCCAAGUCUGCCUGGGAUGGAACCUCUACCUCUCCACGGUCUUGAUGCUGGCCGUCACGGCGGUUUACACAAUUGCGGGUGGUUUGGCUGCUGUCAUCUAUACGGAUGCCCUACAGACCUGCAUCAUGAUCGUUGGAGCUGUCAUCUUAGCAGUGAUGGCUUUUGACAAAAUCGGGGGCUACCACAACUUAGAAGAGGCCUACUUGGGUGCCGUCCCCUCCACGAUCAUCCCCAACACCACCUGCCACCUGCCCAGGCCCGACGCCCUGCACUUGUUCCAGGAACCCAGUUCUGACGACCUGCCUUGGACCGGCAUGACGUUUGGCCUCUCCGUUCUGGCCACGUGGUAUUGGUGCACAGACCAGGUGAUUGUUCAAAGAUCUCUGUCCGCAAGAGACCUGAACCACGCCAAGGGCGCCUCCAUCCUUGCCAGCUAUUUAAAAAUGCUGCCUUUGAUCGUCAUCAUCAUCCCCGGGAUGAUCAGCCGGAUCCUGUAUCCAGAUGCCGUCGGCUGUGUGGACCCCAACGAAUGCGCUCGAGUGUGUGGGGCCACUGUCGGAUGCUCCAACAUCGCUUACCCCAAGCUGGUGAUUGAACUGAUGCCCGGCGGUCUGCGGGGGUUAAUGAUCGCAGUCAUGAUGGCGGCUCUGAUGUCAUCGCUGACCUCGAUCUUCAACAGCAGCAGCACCCUCUUCACCAUGGACAUCUGGAAGAAGGUCCGGCAGGAGGCCAGCGAGAAAGAGCUGCUGCUGGUUGGAAGGAUAGUCACCGUCAUCUUGGUGGUUGUGAGCGUGGUCUGGAUUCCGAUCCUGCAGAGCUCCAACAGCGGUCAACUGUACAUCUACAUCCAGUCUGUUACCAGCUACCUCGCGCCGCCCGUCACAGCUGUGUUUCUGCUGGCUGUUUUCUGGAAGCGAGCCAACGAGCAGGGUGCGUUCUGGGGCCUGAUGGUGGGGCUAGCCGUGGGCCUGACCCGGAUGUCUUUGGACUUCAUGCACCCCAAGCCCCACUGCGGGACCCCAGACGACCGCCCGUCUCUUGUGAAAGAUGUCCACUACCUUCACUUUGCCGCCAUCCUCUGUAUGCUGACAGCCGCCGUGGCGGUUGGGAUCAGUUGGCUGACCGGGCCUCCCGCCAAGUCCCAGAUCCAAAACAUGACCUGGUGGACCCUUCGAACAGAGCGACACCCAUCUCUUCCCCCAGUUUCAGUGCCCAAAUCACUACCUGAGACAGCAAACGAGGAGCCCCAGGAAGGACAGACCAGGAGUGGUGUCUGCAGUUCCCCAGGCCUGAACUCAGAAAUAUCUGGGGCUCACACGCCGUCUCCUUUCUGGGCUCGGGUUUGCUGCAUCAACGCCCUUCUCCUGCUGUGUGUCAACGUCUUUUUCUAUGCUUAUUUUGCUUAGGGAUAUCCUUUGCUCAGGGCCAUAAGAAAGCUGGGACAGGGGGAUCUAUAAAGGAUAGAAUUUCCCAGUGAUAUCGGCGUGAUUUUGUUUAAUAGUAUGUUUCGACCACCAAUGCAGCCUUUUCACCUUCAUCCGAGGCUGGAAACAUUACGGGACAUUUGACUGGGGGUGUUACGGAUGUGUGCCUGGCACAGACUGAAACUUUGCAAUCUUGAGGGCCAUAAACCUUACAUGAAAGCUGAAAUCUGGAAGCUUCA